AUUGUAUUUAUUUAUUUUAAACAUAUGUAUAUAUUUAUUUUUUAUUCUAUAUCUGCAUUUAAUUUAAAAAAUUAAUUUUAUGCAAGCCUAUUUAGUUAGCCAUGGAGAAUGAAACCACCACUUCAGAUCCAAAUCCAAGACCAUCCAAAGUACCUCUAGAACAUAUGACCAAAGAAGAUUUGAUAAAGCAAGUGAAAAGGCAGCUUAUUUUGUUGCAAAAAACAAAACAUAAAUGUGAUGAAUUGAAUGAACGAUGUGUAACAUUAGAAAAAGAGAAAAAUGAAGCAGUUUCUCUUCAUAGUUCUGAAGCAAAUUUUAAAGUUAAAAUUACAGAAUUGGAAAAUAAAAUAAUCAGUAUUACAGCAGAAAAAGAUGAAGCAAUAUUACUUCAUGCAAAUAUGCAAACUGCUCAAGAACAACAUUUGAAUAAAUGUCAGGAAUAUGAAAAACUAUUAGAAGAAUGUAAAUUAGAAAAUCAUCAAUUACAAGAGUCUCUUCAGAAAAUGAGAGAAAAGACUAAAGAUGUAGAAAAAAGUUAUCAGCUUUCAGAAGAACAAUUAGAAUGUAUGAAAUUAAAAUUAGAAACAUUAACAACAACUUGUCAGUUUCUUCAACAUGACAUGGAAAAACUGUCAUCAGAAAACAAGGUACAUAUAAAUAUUUUAUUAUAG